AUGGAAAAUCAAACAUGCCAUACAGUUAAAAAUAACCAUUUUUUUGUGGUUUCUGAAAAUGAUGAGAAAGUUAUUAAGCUUGAAACUGAUAUGUGGAAAAGUAGAAUUGAAAUUACCAAAGAUUAUGACAACCAAAGUAAUAUGGAGUUACCCUUGGAAUAUCAGGAUGUCGAAGAUAAUAUUUACUUGAAUCAUGAAAAUAGGAGUGAUAAAAUAUUUCAUUGUAAUAUUUGUGAAAAAAGCUUUGAAUUAAAUCAUCUUUUAAAAAAUCACUUGGCCGAACACAAAAGACAAAUAAAUUGUAAAACUAAUAAAUGUACAUUUUGUGAAAAAAAGUUUAAGUUAAAAAUUGGUUUGAAUAAACACAUUCAAAAACAUCACAAUUCCGUGAACGGAGACCAUUUUCAACAACAAAUAAACAUACAGCAAUCAAGUGUAUUGAGACAGCAAUCAGUUGUACCGACAGCUUCACAAAUCUCAAUGGCAAACAAUUUCAAUUUCCCAAAUAUAAAGCAAGAAAAAAACUUGUGUACAAAUGUCAAAGAAAGGAACAGUUCGGAUCUAGUGGAUUCAGCAAAUAGCAAUGAAUCAACUUUGACAAACAAACCUCAUGAUUUAAUGGCAGAACAAAACCCUAUUAAUAUAGCUAAUAAUAAUAUUCUAUCUACAGUUAGAGAAACACCUUAUUUUUGUAUUAGAAAAUUGCAUAAUAUUAAAAAUAGAUUUUGCAAUGAUGAUUAUGAUCAGACAUCACAAAACAAUGAUAUUUUUAUAUGUAAAAUUUGUAAAACUUAUUUAUCUAUAAAUAUACAUGUAUUUGCAUUACAUAUGAGUGAUCACAGGGAGUGCAAUAUGCAUGAAUGUAUUGUAUGUGAUAAAACAUUCAAAUCUGUAGUUCUUUGGACAAACCAUAUGAUCUAUCAUGAACAGGAAAUAUCAAAUCAAGUGGAUUCAGUGAAUAGCAAUGAAUCAACUUUGGCAAACAAAGAAACACCUUAUUUCUGUAUGAAAAAAUUGAAUAAUAUUACAAAUGGAUUUCGCAGUGAUGAUUAUGAUCAGACAUCACAAAACAAUGCUAUUUUUUUAUGUAAAAUUUGUGAAAAUUAUUUAUCUACAAAUAUACAUGCAUUUGCAUUACAUAUGAGUGAUCACAGGGAGUGCAAUAUGCAUGAAUGUAUUGUAUGUGAUAAAACAUUCACCUCUGUAGUUCUUUGGACAAACCAUAUGAUCUAUCAUGAACAGGAAAUAGAUUAA